AAGGCGUCUGCGCAUUCCAUAGGCAAGCACCACGCAGCCGGUGCGCGGUAUAAGGAUGAGCGGUUCGGCGGCUGGGAAAACAAUGAUCGACGAAGUCGGUUUUGAGACUUACUGCGUGAGAGUAGUCGAGGCAGGCAGAUUCAAGGUGGUCGCGGGUCCAGCGCGUCGACGCAUGGCGGUAGAGUUCUUUGUCAGCAGCGCGCGGUUGCCAGUGGAUGCCGCGCCGAUUUGCACGCGCGGUCGCCCGCCGAGCCAGAGCGCGGCGUCGCGCCCCCCGCCGAUCUCGCCCCGCGCCCAGGAUCAGCGGCUGCGGAGCUGCCGACGCGCAGCCGACUGGCGGCGGCGUUGCCUGGGGGCGCAGGUAGAGGCCCUGACCCGCGACGUGAUCUAUAGGUACCGGGGCGACCCGGCCCGGGCCGUGCUGACGGGACAGUCCGCAGGUGGCGCCGGUGCUUGGGAUUUUGCGGCUCUCAGGCCGAUGCUGUGGUCCGCAGUCAACGUCAUAUGCAUGCCGGCGGAUCCAGAGGUGGCGAGCCACUUGGAGGGCGUGCCCGUUUGGGUGGUCGGCUGGACAGGCGACGGGUACGGAGGCAACGACGACGUGGUGGCAGCUCUGAAGCAGCGGAAGAGCGGGGAGACGCGGUACACCCGUUACACCCAGGCGCCGGCGCCGCCAGACCCGAAGUAUCGGGACAUGCUCAACCACGCGAGCUACGACCUGAUCUACAGGGACCCGCGCCUCUGGGCCUGGGCGCUCCAGCACCGCCGGCCGGAGGCCGUCGCAGCCUGGAGCCGGUGACCUCGCGAGAGGGGCCACCUGCCAGUCGCCUUCGCUCCUCCCCGCCUUCUCCACGUCGCCCUCCUCCUCCUCCUCCUCCUCC